AUGUUGCCAUUUUUUUCUCUAAUUAUUCUUUUUACUGAUUUAUUUGCUAAUUGGGGCAACUCUGAAAUAAUUAACACGGGAUAUGGAUCAAUUCAGGGUUUAGAAGUUUGGAGAAAUCACAAAUUAUAUCAUAGUUUUAAGGUGAGAUAUUUUUACAGUAUUUUAGUGGAAUAUUUGAAGAAUUUCAGAAAAUCCCAUUUGCUGCGCCGCCUUUGGGAAAAUUGAGAUUUCAAAAACCUGAAAAUCCAGAAUUAUGGACUGAAAUUCGAGAUGGAACUGGUGAGAUUUAGAAAAAAAUUACUUGUGGCCGAGUUUUUGAAAGUUAGACCAAGCGGAAAAAUUUUCCAAUAUAAAUUCAAAAAAAAUUUGAAUGAAAAAACGAAGCUUAACUUUUGAAAAAGUGAAAACCAAUACCACUUUUGGAGCCUACAAGUCACAAAAAUUAUCAAUUUUCUCUAAAAUAAAUCAUCAUCUGGUUUCUGGAACUAUUGAACUUUUAGUUGUUUGUUUUCAAAACAAAACUCAAUUUUUUUCACAGCUUAUGGUCCAGCAUGUAUGACAAAUUCGACAACAUCCAAAAGUAUUCCAAAAUGGAUCGAUGAAGAUUGUUUGUAUUUGAAUAUUUUUGUUUCGGAUUAUUGUUUGGUAAGUCAAAAAUAUUUGAAAAAAACCAUCCAGGAAACUUACACUUUCCUAGGUAAGGAGUCCCUCUAAUUCUAAGCCUGAUAAAAGAGUUUUACGAUUAUUUUCCGCGUGCCCUUCUAAAAAUUUCCAAAUUUUUCACUUUCAAAUAUUUUUUCUCAACUUUCCAGAGAUCCAAAAACUGCUCGACUGCAGUUUACAUUCAUGGCGGAGCUCUGAACUAUGAUUCAGCAGUGAUGUUCAAUGACACAGUUCUAUUUGAUUCAUAUUGCUCAAGAGAUGUUAUUUUAGUUAUCCCUGCAUUUCGACUUGGUGUAUUUUCUCAUCUUGUAUUCAAUGAUCAAAAAGUUGCUCCUUACAAUAUCGCAAUCUUUGAUAUUCUAAAAGCUAUUGAUUUUGUCAGUCAAGAAAUCCAACAUUUCGGUGGAAAUUCUCAAAAUAUCGCAUUAUUUGGUCAUUCAUACGGCGGAGUUAUUUCAUCGCAACUCCUAUUUUCUACAGAAAUCGAGAAGAAGUUCCAAAAAGUUGUCUCAAUGUCAUCCAUCUCAUUUUUCAAACCAUUAGAGGAGUUGAGAGAACUUACGGAUAAAUUUUUAAAAAUUUCUGGUUGUAAAGCUACAAAAGAUUUUGAUGCUCUAAAAUGUUUGGAAAAACUGGAUGCACGAGAGUUGCUCAGGUUAGUCUCAAUUACAUAAUUUUUGAAAAUUGAAUUUAUAUUUUUUAGAAUCCAAAGAAAAAUGGAGGAAGAAGAUUCGAAGAAUAUAUUUGAAUCGAUAGUUCAUUCUCUACCUUUAUUUCAACCUGGAACCCUCGCAGAUUUCCAUAAGAACCCUACAAAUAUGCCGUAUUUAUCUGGAGUUGUAGCACAUGAAUUUGAUAAUAACGGAGAGGAAAGAGAACUUGCUAGUAUUAUUGAUUUCAAAAAUAAAAAUGAGGUUUAUAAGAAGUAUAGAAUGGAUAAGAAAUUGGGGAAAUUGAGUAAGUUUUUCGCUUCGGAAUUAUUAUUUUUGACGAGUUUUUUAACUCAAAAAAUACAGUAAUCACAGAUUACUGUAGCUUUUUUCUAGAGAAUUUCAUAAGAGAUUACAGAAUUCAACACAACUGAUCGAACUCAAAAAUUCUUCCUCGAUGUUUCAUUUCGAAUUCGACAAAUGCGAAAAAUCGGAGCGCCCGCGUAUCUCUACGAAUAUUCAAACCCAGCACAUGCCACGCAUACAGAUGAUUUAUCAUAUAUUAUGGGUGUACAUUUAUUCAAUAAAUCAAUUGAUGAACAAAAAUUAUCAGAAGUUUAUCCGGAAUAUUUUAUGAAUUUUAUCAAAUUUGGAAAACCGGCGGAAAAUUGGGAAAUAUCGAAUGGAACUAGUUAUUUUGAUAUUGAUUGGAGUGAGGAAAAUGGAAAAAGACCGCAAAUGAGAAAUGGAUUUGAAAAAGAGGUAGACUUGAGAUUUUAGGGCUUUUAAAAUCUUGAAGUGUUUCAGAUAAUUGAUUAUUGGUUUGUCAAAAUGCGAGAAUACGAUGAACUUAUUGAAAAACAAAAAUCAAAAUCAAUUCCGAAAUUCAAACGUCUUCCAAUAUUAUCCGCAAAUUCAACUUCGAUUUCUUGUCUCUCAAUUCUACUGAUCUUCCUAGCUGGAUUGAUACUAGGAAGAUUAUGUUGGUUCAGGCCGAAAAGUUCAAUCUAUGUUCAGAUACCAGGGAAUAAUUAUGAAAAAAUAGUUGAAAUUUGAAUUCUCCAUAAAUAUUUGGUAGUUCAAAUGUUCUUUGUUGAAAUUUGAAAAAAAUCAGGAAGUAAACACCUAUGAUCAUUUUUCUGUUCCUAAUCUUGAUUAUAAUUACAAUAUUUCUUUUCCUAUUUCUUAUCAAUUGUUUGGUGUCAUAGUUUGUAGCCUAUUGUUAUUUUUAUUCUUAUUCUUAUCAUUCGUUAGUUAGUGUAGUGAGCAAAAAUGCACAUCUCUCCCAAAAUUUUAAUUUUUGUGUUUAUUCUAUUUUCAAUUUUUUCUCCCGGAGAUUCUACGAUCAUCAAAACUGGUUUGGGUUCAAUUAGAGGACUGGAAACUUAUCAAAAUGAUAAGCUUUAUCAUAGGUUUAAGGUGAGUUUAACUGUAGAAUAAUUAAUAAAAAAAUAAAAUAAAUUAGAUUUUUUGUUUAGAAAAUCCCAUUUGCUGCACCGCCUGUGGAAAAUCUGAGAUUUCAAAAACCUGAAAAUCCCGCUCCUUGGGCUGAAAUCAGAGAUGGAACUGGUGAGUUUUCCAAAACUUAAACCCCUAGGUCAUAUUACCACCGUACAACCUAAUUUUUAGCCUACGGUCCAGCAUGUAUAACAAAUACGACAUCAUCAAAAAGUGUGCCAAAAUGGAUGGACGAAGAUUGUUUGCAUUUGAAUAUUUUUGUCUCGGAUUUUUGUUUGGUAGGUCGAAAAAUGGGGGUAUUUCGGGUGGGAUUCGUUUCUAGCCCAUCUUCGAUUUUUUAGAGUACAAUUAAACUUUUAUAAUUUCUCAAACAUUUCCCAGUUGUUUUUCCAGAAAUCAAAAAACUGCUCAACCGCUUUCUAUAUCCACGGCGGAGCAUUGUACUACGAUUCAGCUGUUAUGUUCAAUGACUCAUUUCUCCUAGAUUCUUUUGCUUCUAGAGAUGUGAUUCUAGUUAUUCCUGCAUAUCGACUAGGAAUAUUUUCUCAUCUAACACUGCAAAAUCAAAAACUUGCUCCCUAUAAUAUUGGAAUUUACGACAUGCUUAAAGCUCUCGAAUUCGUCAAUAAGGAAAUCAAGAAUUUUGGAGGCGAUUCGAAAAUUGUCACAUUAUUUGGUCAUUCAUAUGGGGGACUGGUAACUUCACUUCUUUCAUUUUCUACAGAAAUCAACAAAGAUUUGAGCUUGUUUCAAAAAAUAGUCUCGAUGUCUGCAUUUUCGCACUUUCAACCAACGGAAACAAUAAAGAAUCGGACUUAUGAUUUUGCUAGAAGAUCAGGAUGUAAUACUUCAGAUCUUGAAGUUUACACCUGCUUGCAAAAUAAAAAAUGGCCAGAACUUUUGCGAAUCCAACAAGAAAUGGAAGAAGACUAUGGAACUUUGAACUUUGAAGGAGUUCUUCAGGAAAUGCCACUUUUCCAGAAAGGAAGUCUGGGAGAAUUUCAUAAAAAUCCGAAGAAAAUUCCAUGUUUAACGGGAGCGACAACUUUGGAAUUCGAUACGAAGCCAGAUAAGAUUGAUAUCACAGAAAUUAUGGAUUUCAAGAAUCCGGAGGCUAUUUAUAGGAAAUAUCAAAGCGAUGUUGAGCAAAAUUUAUUGAGUGAGUUUAGUCAGGGGAAGUAAGCAAUCGGAUUUUUUAAAUAACAAUUCAUAAUUCUGAUUUGGGAACGAAAUCCACGAUCACAGUCCCAAAAAUGCUCUACAGUAACCCAAGAUCUAAAAAAACCAAAAUUUCAAAAUUUAAGAGUUCCGGUGGCCAUCCUAAUUUGUCAAAAAAUGUAAUAUUUCCCGAAAAAUCACAAUAAUGAUUAAUGGCCUCAGGUGAUUUUUACUCCUAUUUUUUCCAGUUUGUAUUCUAAAAAAUCAAACAUAAAUCGUUUUUCAGAACUAUAAACGAGUUUAUUACAUAAUUUCAGUUUGAAAAAUUGCGAAGUUCAAAAUCUAGCCAAAAUCCUAAUCUUCAUAAAAUUUCAAAUAAUAACAAUCGAAACUCAAGAUAGCGAAUCUUCCAGAAUCUAUAAAAUGAGCAAUUCGAAUACUUUCUUCCAAAUUUUUCUCCAAAAAUAAUUGAAAAAGUUUGAUAACAUCGAAAUUGUUCGAAUAUCCUAAUCUCCAUGUGAUUUUUCGUUUCAAAUUUGAUUUUUUUCUCCAACUUUGCACAAAAUCAUAAAUAUUUUCCUCUGUCAAAAAUCCAAUGUCAAUAUGAAUUUCACAAGCCAAAAUUUGCUGGAAUUCCAGAAAAUUGAGCUUGAGAAGUGGGAAAUUUAAUAUUUCACAUGGCUCCGCCCAAAACAUCCUUGACGUUUCUGAUUUUCCCACAAGAAAUCCUCCCGAAACAUUCAAAAUUCUUCUGGAUUUCACUAAAAACUUUGAAAUAUUUUUGCAAUUCAUCAAAUAUAGCUCCUGAAUUUCGCGUAGAUUUUGAAUUUCGAGAAAGUCUUCAUCGAUAGCUCCAUGAAUUUUGAGAAUUUUCAGCGAAUUUCGAUUUUCGCGCAAUUUUUCAUUGAUAAAAUCAACAGCUUUCUCAUAGAAAUUUUGAACUUCCACAUGAAAAUGCAGGAUUUUCAGAUGGAAUUUAGGUUUCUCUGAAAAUUCCACAUAAAAAUCAUAGUCAGAUUCGUGUUCACCAAAAAAUAUUCGACAUAGAUCUUUUCUCAAAAUUAUUUUCAUUUUUCGAAAUCUCACAAUUUUUGUUGAUUUUUGACAGAGUUUGGAACAUUUUCCAAAAUUAUAUCUAAAAAAAAAAGUUUUGUUUUUGAAAUUUUCAGAAUUAAAAUAGAGAACUUGACUCACCUGUCUGAAAAUUGCAUUUUUUGAAUAACUACACAUCGAAGUUCAGGAGGAAGAUGGGAGAAUUUUUCAAAAAUCAUUUUUCAAACUGAAUUUUGAACCAGUUAAUGGUUCCGGAGAAAUAUUUAUUGUUUGAUUUUUUAGGUCACAGCCUCGAUAGAAAAUUAGGACUGAAAAUCACGUAGGACUAUAAAUUUUGUAUUAAUUGUUUGAAAUUAUUUUUUGUUGUUAAGAAAAUUACACUUUUUGAGAAAUCGGGAAGAAUUUCCACAUAACCUCUUGUACUCACAAUCAGAGUUGAGACAAGGAAAUUUUUACAGCAGGAUCCUAACCAGAUCCUAACCAAAAGCUAUUAGUAAAAUAUAUUUAAACAAAAUAUUUCCUAUUUCAGGCUUCAAUCACUCUGAAGAAACUGUGAAACUCUUUGUCGACACCAAAAUUCGAGUUCAGGAACUAUUGAAUGUCGGAGCCCCUGCUUACCUCUACGAAUAUUCGAAUCCCACACAUCCUCUUCACACUGAAGACUUAUCUUAUAUUAUGGGAGUUCAUCCUUUCAAUAAGACUAUAGAUGAGCAAAAAUUAUCUGAAAUUUAUCCGGAAUAUUUUAUAAAUUUUAUCAAAUUUGGAAAACCUGCGGAAAAUUGGGAAAUAUCAAAUGGAACUAGUUAUUUUGAUAUUGAUUGGAAUGAGGAAAAUGGAAAAAGACCGAAAAUGAGAAAUGGAUUUGAAAAAAGAGGUAUACCGAUUGCGACCUCUAGUCUCUAUGAAGCUCAGAUUAUAAAUGAAUUUUUUUAGGUAAUUGA